CUCUGCCGUCACUCACGGCCGCUGCUCGCUGGCUUGCUCCUUCACUCUCCGCGCCACAGGCACCUGCUCUGCCGGCGCUCUGCGCUCACUCCUCGCUCGCGUACUGCAGACUCCCCGGCGUCGCCUCGGUCACCCGGCCUGGUCCCGGUCCCCGCACAGCAGCUCCGCCCUUCUCCCCAGCCCCGGGUGCCCACUCCUCCGAGAUGGCCUGGGCCUGGGACAAAGAACCGUGUAGUUCUUUGCCCAAAUCGGGGUCUGCGCGCCGCGCUUGAGCGCCCACUCGCCCUGCGGAAAGAGCUGCCUAGGGACCCGCAGGGGCGGGGCGGGGGCGGCGGAGGUGGCAGUUGGGAGCCAAAAAAAAGAAAAAGAAAAAGAAAAAAAAAAACCCUAAAGGGAACGGAAAACGGAAGUAAGCGGCUCGGAGACGCGCACUCCCUGGACCAGGGAUGGGUCGCGGCGUGGCCCAGCCCCUGCCGGACCCGCCACGCAGAGACUGAACUAAGGCUCCCCAGCGUCCGGCGGACGGUGGGAUAUCAGCGGCUGGAGCCGAUCGCCGGUAGCUUCCCGGCGGGACCUAACCCUCUGCGCACCCACCGGCGCGCCCCCCGCCCGAGCCGCGCCGGGCCAGCCGGCGAGGGAGCAGGGCUGAUUGGCGGCCGCCGGCGGCCGGGGGAGGGGGCGCCGCGCGGGGCCAUGGCAGACUCGGAGGCGUCCUAGCCCGAUCCGAGCCGGAUCCCUUCCACGCUGCUGCCGCCGCCGCCUCUCCGCGCCCGGGCCCCUGCGGGAGAUGGAACAGCGGAACCCGCUCUGCACCCUCGGAUACCUGCCGCCGCUGCUGCUGCUGCACGCCCUGCUACUCUUCCUGGCCGACGCUACAUUUACCGAAGUCCCCAAAGAUGUGACAGUACGAGAGGGAGACGAUAUCGAAAUGCCCUGCGCGUUCCGAGCUAGCGGAGCCACCUCUUAUUCCUUGGAGAUACAGUGGUGGUACCUCAAGGAGCCGCCCCGGGAGCUGCUGCACGAGCUGGCGCUCAGCGUGCCAGGCGCCCGGAGCAAGGUAACAAAUAAGGAUGCAACUAAAAUCAGCACGGUGCGCGUCCAGGGCAAUGACAUUUCGCACCGGCUGCGGCUCUCAGCGGUGCGGCGACAGGACGAGGGAGUGUAUGAGUGCAGAGUGUCGGACUACAGCGACGACGAUACUCAGGAGCAUAAGGCCCAGGCGCUGCUGCGCGUGCUCUCGCGCUUUGCGCCUCCGCACUUGCAGGCAGCCGAGGCCGUGUCCCACAUCCAGAGCAGCGGUCCGCGCCGCCACGGCCCCGCCAGCGCCGCCAAUGCUAACCACGUGGCUGUCGCCGACCCCGCGGGCCGCAGCACCUCGGAGCCCAGCCAGGGCGACAAGAACCUGCCUCCCCGGAGCCUACCCUCUGCCCGCGGUCCCAGCGUCCUGGACGCCGCCGCUGCCGCUGCCUCUGCCGACCAGGCAGCCACCACCGCUGUCACAGCUGUGGCCGCUGCGUCCUCAGCGUCGCCACCAUCAGGCCAGGCUGUUCUCCUGCGCCAAAGGCACGGCUCAGGCACUGAUCCUAGCUACACCACAGACCCCCUCCUGUCCCUGUUCCUGCUAGCUCUGCAUAAGUUCCUUCGCCUGCUUCUGGGGCACUAAUGUCACAGCUGAUCGCUCACCCCUGUGGGGAUUCCAGGCCUGCUAGACCCUGGAAGAGGACCACAGCGCCAGAAGGACAUACACAGACUGAGAGAAGCAUGAAGAGUCCACAUGGAAAAUAAAUCAAUCAUAUUUUUUGGAAGAUAAAAAAUGUAGAACAACUAAAAAAAAUGCAUCUAGUUUCCAAGUAAGAUGGAGUUUGGCCCAUGCAUUCUGCAUGGGAUCAGUGAUUUCUCUACUUCUAGGUAUUUUUAUUUUCUAAACUUUUCCUCUAAAUCUUCAUUUUGCACGAACUGUUGAGCAGUUAUCUUUAGGAUACCAUGUAAAAAUGUUGGAUCAAAGCCUUUCUGACAAAGCAAAAUAUUUUUAGCAAAUUAUGUGUUUCGGGAUUUUUUAAUUUACCUUUUUUCUUUGGGGGAUUUUCUUUUUUAUUGAAGUAAAUUAUUUCGUUUGAGACAUUUUGAUUAAAAAAGACACAUCAUAAUUAAAAAUUCACUGUCAAUAAUAUUUAUUUUUAAAUAAAGAUUGGAAACAAGGUCAGA